UCUCUGUGACGUGAGCGAUCCUCCUGUUUGUUUGUGUAGCUCGAGGAUGAAAAUGGCGGUGGGGAGAGAUCAACGCGAGAAUUAAACACACAAAUGACCAUUUGACUAGGAUGACAGCAGCGCAGCACCGCAAAGGAAUAAACAAGCACCCAAGCGUCAACUGUGUGCAUUUGCAGCGACAAACACCCGGAGUUUAACGGAGAAAUAACAGCGCCCUGGAUUUAAAAUAGCUUCCGAAAUUAGCCCGCUAACCUCGUUAGCUUAGCCUGCACUCAACUGGAAGAUUCAACGGCCAUCACAACACCGCAUAAACGGAAUUAUUGUGUCAUACAAAGAUGAACUGCGCUUUUUUCGUUUUAACGCCUCAAUUCAAGCUCGGUCGUGUGGACCGGGCUUGCAGACACAUUUGCAUCUGAUUGAAUGCAUAACUAAUCGUUCCAUCUGGCAGCAUUAGCCAGCAAACACCAUCCUAAAGUUCAACGAGCAUCUGUUGGAGACGAACGCACUGAACAGGUUACAACAGGUGUCAGCUUUCCGCUGCAUCCCCCGGUGGGAUGGGCCUGCAUGACCGAGAGGGUGUGGCGCCAUAGCCCACUCUCUUUGAGGUCUCGCUCGUCUCAUAAACCCAGUGGACCACAGCCAUAGUGCUCCUCUCGAUGAGCAUCCCUCUGGAGCCCUAGAUCAAGUGUGCGUAUGGUCAAAAUGAGUGCUGCAGGGGACAAUGCCCUUGACCCCCACACCCCAGAGCAACGGAAGAGGAAGGGCUCUCCAUGUGACACCUCCGGUCCAAGAUACUUGUGUGGCAGUUUGGAGAAACGACGGCGUGAACUGGAAUGCCGCUACAUCGACGAACUGGCAGAGCUUCUGUCGGCCAACAUGAGCGACAUCGCCUGCCUGAACGUGAAGCCGGACAAAUGCCACAUUUUAAAAAGCACCGUGGAUCAGAUCCAGCAAAUCAAACGGCGUGAGCAAGAGAAAGCAGCUCUAAUGUCUCCAGAUGAUGAGGUGCAGAAGAGUGACAUAUCGUCGAGCAGUCAGGGCAUGGUGGAGAAGGAGGCCCUCAGGCCCCUCCUUUUGGAGGCCCUGGAUGGCUUCUUUUUCGUGGUGAACCGUGAGGGUCGCGUCGUGUUUGUGUCUGACAACGUCACCAGUUAUCUGGGUUACACCCAGGAAGAGCUGAUGACCUCCAGCGUCUAUAGCAUCCUCCAUGUGGGAGAUCACAACGAGUUUGUGCGUAACCUGCUGCCCAAGAGCCUUGUUAACGGCGUGCCCUGGCCUCAGGAACAAGGCCGGAGAAACAGCCACACGUUUAACUGCAGGUUGCUGAAAAGGCCUCCGGAUGAGAUGGACACGGAGAACCAGGAGGCCCGACAGCAAUACGAGCUCAUGCAGUGCUUCACGGUUUCACAGCCCAAAACAGUACAGGAGGAGGGCGAGGACCUACAGAGCUGCUUGAUCUGUAUAGCAUGUCGAAUGCCCCGUCCACCUCAGAUCCCUGUUAGUCCAGAGACCUUCAUCACCAAGCAGGACCCUACAGGGAAAAUCAUCUCUAUUGAGACAAGUGCUCUGAGGGCCACAGGGCGACCAGGCUGGGAGGACCUGGUCAGGAAGUGCAUCUACGGAUUCUUCCAGCCUCAGGGCAACGAGCCCUCCCAUGCCAAGAAGCUGCUUCAUGAGGUGAUGACUCACGGCAUGGCCGUCAGCCCUCUAUACCAUUUCACACUCAGUGAUGGGACGCCCCUCAGUGCGCAGACGCGCUGCAAAUUCUGCUGCCCCUCAAACCCAGAUGUACAGCCCUUCAUCAUGGGCAUUCACACUAUAGACAGGGAACACAACACUGCUAGCUCUCAGGAAAACACUACCCCCAGCCUUCCGUCUCCUGCUGCUCCUCCCUCCCGUUCACCUGCCCUACAGCCCUCCAGUGACCUCAGCCUCCAUCUCAACAACAGCAACGGCACCUGUGCCACUCCUGGACCCCCUACACCCACUCCGCCGGGUUACCUGACGCCCAGCCGUGUCGGGCCCUCUCAGCAGGUCAGCAGCCCGUCUCCACUAGGCAGCCCUCUCACUGCCACCCCUACCUCAUUCAUGUCACCUCGACCUCCUCGGGGAAGUCCAGGCCUGGCCAGCAGUCCCCGUGUUUCCGGCCACCCUUUUUCACCCAUGGCACCCGGCAUCCACUCGCCUGCUGGCAGUCUGACCAGGCAGCAGUCCGGCGGCGAGGGUUCCGGUUUCUCUCUGCCCUCUCCUCUCCCCCCUAGACAGACUUCAACCCCCAGUAGCUCUCCGGCACGUCAGCCCCCUGCCAAACCCCCAGAAUCCGAAGAGCCUAAGAGUUCCGCGGUGGGCAACCCCAAACUUAACCAGCUCUUGGACGCCAACCCCAGCACGGCCGAACACGACUCCCAACCCCGUCCUGCGGCUCAGUGCCCAGCCUCUCACAGCAGCCUGACUGAGCGACACAAGAUCCUUCAUCGCCUGCUCCAGGACAGCAGCCCCACAGACGUGGCCAAGGAGCCUGAGAUCAAGAAGGAACCUCCCACAAGUCCAAACUCGGCCUUGGCGGCGAGGAUGGGAGUCGGGAAAGAGCCGCAGGACCACCAGCUGCUUCGUUUCUUGUUGGACACGGAUGAAAAUGACCUGGAGGACCUGCCACCUCCAUCUGCGCUAAGCCUUCAGACGGUCAAGGUGAAGUCAGAGAAGAAAGGGAGCAGAGAUAACGUGCCCUGUGCAGCUGGCGCAACCAACGCAGCGACUCCCGCAGCAACAUGCUCACCGAAAUCCAGUGACAGGCAAAGCCGGCAGUUUCCCAGUACUGAUUUGGAUACUUUGAACCAGCUGUUGCCCUCUCUGAGAAGCCCGGCAGGAGGUAAAUCCACAGAGGAGCCAGCGCUUAUCCAGCCCAACGAAGACAACCAUUCCAUCGGGCUGAGCGUGAAGAGACAGUCGGCGGGGACAUCGAACCAAGAUGGCUCCAAUCUCUCAAGUCAGUCAUCUUUUGAGUUCUGUGACCCCUCCACGCCGAACCAGGCACAGAGUCAGGUCCACGUUACGGAUCUUGGGCAGACAGACCCAUUUCAGCCAUCCAAGGAGAGCAGCAGUCCCUUUUCCAAUCCAGCCAACCUCAACUCUUUCAGUACGAAUACAGAUUUAGGUUUGGCCAAGCUGGAGCUUCCUGAUUCUCAGCAGUUCCAACCCUUGUCCCUGGUUGACCCUAUGGCCUUCGAUAGCAGUAUGGGCAACCAGACACAAGCCCCUCUGUCAUCUCCUCAAGAACAGUGUGUUCCAUGUCCGCUGGAUGAAAUGCUGUGUCCUCCCACCACCCCUGAGGGUCGUAAUGAUGAGAAGGCACUGCUUGAGCAGCUGGUCUCUUUCUUGAGCCGCACCGACGAGAGCGAGUUGGCCGAGUUGGAUCGAGCGCUGGGCAUCGACAAGCUUGUUCAAAGGGGAUGCCUCGAACCAGUCACCCAGGCCUUUACUCUGCCUCAGCUCGCAAGCCCUGUACCCGUGGAUCCCAAGCUCCCCAGCUACCCCUCCCAGUUCCCCUCCUCACCCUCGCAGUUUCCUCCUGAGAUGGGCACGGCACAAGGAGUCAUGAGCUGCGGGGCCCCAAGAAUGCCGUUCCCAGGCAACGUGGGUAUGACAGCACAGCCCGGCAUGAACCGAACUCCCGGUGCGCCCAACCAGCUGCGACUGCCUCCCAACCAGCUGAGACUACAGCUCCAGCAACGUUUGCAAGGUCCACAGCAGCUCCAGAACAGACUCGCCACCAUGAGCCAGUUCCCACAGGGGGGGCACGUUGCCAUGGGGAUUCGUCAGGGCAUGCAGCAGCAGCCUCAGAUGCCCUCUCAGCCUCCGCUUAACGCUCAGAUGAUGGCCCAGCGGCAGCGGGAGCUCUACAGUUUCCAGCACCGGCAGCGGCAGCUUUUGCAGCAGAAAGUCAUGCUGAUGAGGCAGGGCAUGAAUGCUGGACUUCUGGGAGCGCAGCGGGUUCCCAAAGGUCCCCCACAGCAGCAGACUCAACCUCUACCGCAGCAGCAGUUCGGCUAUCCUCCAGGCUACAACUCCGUGCCUGGAAACACCCCUACCUCCCCAAGCCACUUUAACCCCUUAGGGGGACCUCUGGACCCCAAGCUGUCCACCAGAGGAGGCAUGGGAAACCAAGGCAUUAUGGGAGGCAUUCAAGGGCAGUUCGGAAGCCCUGUGAACAGUCCUGUUCAGCAGGGGCUUUUCCAGCAGUUCGGGGGUCCUGGCAUGAUCCAGCAAGGAGAUCAAUCCUUUGCUCCUGAGCUCAGUCCAACCAGCCCCCUACUUUCACCCCAGAACUCCACCUCCCAGAGUCCUUUGCUCCAGCCAGCACAGCCUCCACCCGGUUAUCAGUCACCCGACAUGAAGAACUGGCAACAAGGGGCAAUGGGCAACAACAGUAUGUAUAACCAGGCGGGUCAGCCUGCCUCUCAAAGCUUUGGCCAGCAAGGCGUGUAUAACAACAUGAGUAUCACCGUUUCAAUGGCUGGAGGAUCAGGAGCGGUGAGCUCUCUACCUCCUAUUGGACCAUCCGUCGGCAUGGGCAACAACAACCUUGGCAACGUCACUGCAAUGUGUAAUGAUCAGGUACAGCAGGUUCAGGUGUUUGCCGACGUCCAGUGCACGGUAAACCUGGUGGGCAGUGACUCCUACCUGAACCAGUCGGGGCCCAUGGGGUCCCAGAAAGGCCCGAGCGGAACCCCCACACCCCAGUCUCAGCAGAAGAGCCUCCUCCAGCAGCUCCUGACUGAGUGACCCACCCAGUACCUGCCAGAGGACCGUUCCACACGUAGAGAUUUUUAUUCUUCACCUUUGGUUUCUAUACAGUAUAUCUGCAGGGUUGAUGUACGGGCCCAGGCUCGUGAGGAUUCACACCCGUUCGACGGAGCGCUCAUUCCCGGUCACCUUUUGUAAAGUCUGCUUCCUGAAAGGAGAAAAUAUCACGUUCCAAGAAUUUGCUAAGUCUGUAAAAGGACCUGCUGCUUCAGCCGGCUAAACGUCCUGUCAGUCCAAUGUUGCAGUGCUUCUUGGAGAGCGGCGCAGCAGCUGAGCUCGGAUUGGGAAACUGGGGCGGGCUGUUGCCAUGGUGUUGCUAUGUUCACGGUAUUGCUCAGUUCCAGCUGGAUCUGUGACUGGUAGGCUCUUCUCAGCAGUGCCUGAUGAUGGGAAAAAAUUCCCACCUCUUUGUUUUUUUUUUAUUGUCUGUUGUUGUUUUCAGAAAAAGCAUCGCCAGGAUGGGAGACUGCUCUGUAGUACACAUUUGUAUGCCGCGGGCUUUCCAAGACUGUUUUGAAACGGCAGACACAUUUUUUAAUGUCCUACACAUUUCCCCCCAGCAGCUGUGAAUACGAGCCACUUAGGGUCAACUCAGCCUAUCAGUGUUGUUUUGCGGCUAUGUGUUGUGCAGGUUGGUAUUAUUGUACAGCAGAAACGGACAAAGUUGAGACAAACCCACACUUUGUUAUUUCCUUUAAAACAAACCUCAUCAAAUUACAGUCAAUUCAUGUUUUGAAAGCAUUGAGUUUCAAAACCAGUUCUCGUUUUUUUAAUAGCUUUGAGAAUAGGAUUUGUUUUUCAUUUUAUUUUAAGUUUUAAAGGUUCAAAUCAAGAAGCCGUGUGCACAGAAGUAACACGGCACGAUAUUAUCCGGGGUAUUGCGUGCUCUAUGCUUAUAUAUCAUGAUUUUUACGAUCGAUGUUAGUUAUCGAAAUAUGCUUUGAACAGCCCAAGUAAAUGUUACAUACGUUAUUUUGCAUUGUACACAGGCGCAAAUAUGUAGAUUGUACAUUGAUUUUCAAUUCAGUCAAGUGUUUCAAGGUUGCUCCUGAAAACCACAGGUGCUCUGUCCCGAUUCUGCGGUGCGCAACUUUCGCACCAUCGGCUGCAUUCUCCAGCUCUUUGACUGCUCAUGAGACUACUGUUGCCCAGUCAGACACUGUUCAUCAGUAUUUUUCUUCGCUCAUUUGAGUACUUGUUGACCCCUCUAUAAGAAAAAACUUAAAUUUUUUAAACACAAACCUCAUAACAUGCAUAACAUGAAGAGGUAAAAUAAAGCUAGUUUUCCCUAACGUAAAAGAUGUUAACGAUAAUCGGAAAACCUCUUUUUGGUUUUAAUUUAUGCUAAUUUAUUGACAAUUGUCAAGCCCGUUCUUCAAAAAUAUAGAAUCGUGCAACAAAAUUAAAACACCAAUCGAAUUUCUCUAGCCACUGAAAAAGUUCCCUUCACGUAUUUUCAUUCUGCUUUUUACAGUGUUCUUCUGUUCGUUACACACGUUGUGGAGUUCAAGUGGCGGUUCUUUGUGUGUAUUCUCUGUAAGCAAAGAAUGGCUCUACUUUUCCAAUGCCACACCAGCUCAGACUUACGAAAGGAAAAAUGUUUCGUAAAGCAGAUUCUCAUUCAUCCAUUUUUCAGCCGGCAGUGUGUGCUUACGAGAUCGCGCCACUGUUUGCUAUAUAUAAAUGUAUAUAGACGUUACAAAAAGCGAGAUGAAUUGAAUAAUGCGUAACACAUACGAGAACAGUCAUUUUCAGUGGUUGGACAUUUUUUGGCUCACUGAAAGAAAACAGACGUUGUAACAUGUAUUUCUGCCCUCCUCUUCAAGGAACAGGCAUUCCUGUAUAGAUAAAAUGGUUGGCUUUUAGAAAUCCUUUUUUUACGCAGUGGGUCAGAUUCAUUUUUUUAUCCAUUUAAUGAACCCUACCUGUCAUGGAGUUUCUGUGUUUAUGCCAAAUAUACCAAACUAGCGAACAGCUCCUAUUAAUAAUGUUUUUAUUUCGUUUCGUUUCUCUGUUAUAACGGCUCUCACAGUCAGUACACGACAUGGAGGUACAAUAGAACUAUUCAGAACCUGGCUUAUCAAAGUAUUGUGUAUAUAACAGAUAAAUGUGAAUAUGUAUCUGUUCAGAAUCAACAAAAUGUAGUGCUCCGAGUUUGUGGUAAUAACUACCUGCUUCCAUUUUUUUGUUUUUCUUUCGUUUAGGUUUUUGAGAUGUGUAUGGCUGUCCGAAAGUGUGUGUGUGAUUAAUACUGUAUAUCUGGUGUUUAAAAUGGAAACAGACAAAUGUCCUGAUUUGAUUUGAUUUCUUUCUUUUUAUUGAAUACCUGCAACUUUUCCUGUGGGUGUUGAGAUUGCUCUAUAUGUAAGAAUGGUUUAGCGACUGCUGAAUGUGACUUUGCUGAGGGAGAAGCAGCAUGGACUGGCUUUUGUACGGGUUAAUUUAAAAAAGGCCAUAUUAUUUAAUUUCUCUGUUGUCAAAGUUUAAACAGCUCUGACAAAGUGGAACCUUGGUUUGGGAACAGCGCCGGUUGGGUUUCGUCAACUGCCUGUUGUAGUUUCGCCAUGUGUAAACGCUCUUGAGACAAGAACGAAAUGAUGACCAAAGCUUCAAGAUACUAAAAGAUUCAUAUCAUAUGCAACGUUCAUGCAAUUGGACAAAACAAAUGUAGCAUUUAGUUUUGCCUUAGUAGGCGUCUCGCACCCCGUCAUGUUUAGAACACUACCAUUUGAGUUUUGGUUUCAUUUUAUAUAUAUUUUUCACACGUAGCCCCUAGCUAGUUUGACCUAUUCUAUAGAAAAGUCGUUCAGUAGUGAAUUAUCUUUCCCCUGUUUCUAUCGAUUUACCAAACAUGCAAAUGCCUCCUCGGGAGGGACUCUAGACACUGUUUUCAGGAAGAGAAAUCUCUAACAGCUAGCUAUGCACCUUAAGGGUAAAUAUAAAGCAUUUUGUUUUCAAACUGACGCAACUCUAAACUGAUUGUUACUUUGAGUUUGACCGCAGUUACAUCAAUCUCCUCUCGUUUUUUUACUCAAGGAUAUACAAAAUUUGUAGUUCAAACAAGUGGUUUUGAGCUACUCAGGCUAAAAAAUCAUACUGAUGCAACUAUACUUGGAUAUUUGACUUUAUUUAGCUGGAUUCUUUAUACCAAAUUUGAGGUGCCUCUUGUAUAUAUUUUCUGCAUAGAGGACUGCUCCUCAUGGUUCGAUGAACGUUUUCUUGUUUACGAGGAUUUUCUUAUACUGACCUUUGUAAGACUUUUGCUGUAUUUUACAUGACUUUUUUACUAAUAUCUACCAGGAACUUGCAAGGAAUACAAUCUAGUUUUGCACUUUAUAUGCGAAUCGCAAGGAAAGAUGCCAUUACAAAGUACAGUCUUAAAAUCGAAGCUAAAACAAAACGAAUACCCCCCUGAAUGUAUUUUGCCAUUUCGCUUUCUUAGAAAAAUGAAAAGAAAAACGUCUCAGGUUCUUCAGGAAGAACUUGGCUGUAUUAUCAUUGGUUUCCAUUAAAGGAGCAGGGUAGCUGAGCUUUUGCUACAUGGCUGUUUUUUCUGCUGCAGAACUGUAGAACUAACUAUGCCUAUCUUCUUCAGGUGCUCCACCUCCCCUUGCGCCGUCCUUCUACUCAAUGUCCGGACCUCCUGGCUCUAUCUUUUCAAAACAUUCCUCAUUUAUCUCUCACUACCAUCAGCGUUUUAAUGUAUCGAGGGCUUUGGUUUCGGGCCCUGCACACGGUGCCAAGUGCUAUCAACCAUUUAUGCAAACCCGUACAAUCUGCAUUUCCUCAUUGUAGUCAUAGUAGUAAAUCCUGCGUAGUGACCACCACACACUCUCCUCGUCAUUCAGAUUUCAUCUCUACAUGCUAUCCUAUAUAGUAGCUACUGUUUACCUGAGAUUUUCGCAUAUUGUAAGCGCUGCCUUAUUAAUGUACCGAUAUUGGUUGUGUCAGUGAAGGGAAGUCAUGUGUGAUGUAAAACGGCACUUAUUCCUUCAAGGCAAGGUUCCACUUUUCACCUGUAAAAUUAAUAUAAAUAAAUAUAUAGAUAUAUACAUUUUACUCAUUUUGUCCAGUUUUGUAUAAUACUUGUGAAUCUUUUUCUUAGGAGGUAUCUUUGCAGCUGUGUGGGACAUUAUGAAUGAAGAUGUAUCUGGGAGACUUCUGCAUGUUUUGUCAUGUUUUUCUUUUUUGUUUCGUUUUCUCUAUAUCCAGGUUUAUCUGGGAAUGCUACCUUUCUUAGGACGUUGUAGACAAUCAGUCACAUGCUGGGUCCAGCACCUGCGGGCUGCAAAACUGUGUUUAGCAUCUACUGAAUCAGUCUUAUUUUUUCUUGUCCUUUUCAUGGAAUUAUGUGGCUGCUCAAACUGAGAUUUGAAGUUUACACUCAUACAUUACACGCAUACAGUAAGACAGACGAGAACAUUCACUUUACACCUCGUGCAUAUGGCCCCAUUUGUUGCUUUUCCAAGGUGAAGAUAUAUACCUUGAAGGAAAUUAUGCUUUGACUAACCAAUCUAUAACAUCCAUGAAUGUGAGAAUGCAACACAUUGCAAUAAAGCACCAUGUUAAAAAGGA